UGGAAGGUUCAUGCCGGCAGCUGAUGUACUUUUCACUGUGCACAACAGCCACAGCUUGCACCAGUGCCAGCGCCUUGUUGCUCCACUGCUUCUGCUGGCUCCAGGCUGUUCACGCAAUGUUGCUUCAAGUUCUGAUUUACUUUCCUAGAUCACUUCGUGGGAUCCUCUCUGGCCACUUUGUGGGGUCUUCUCUUCAAUUCAGAGUUUCGGCGCUGCCUCCAGACGCUCCAUUACUGCUGACUCGAUGAAGGGGAUGCAACAAAAGCUUGCCUCUGAGAUGAGCAACUAUCGCCGCAUCAAAUCUGGCACAAUGUGAGCCUGGGCGCUCCCUGCUCCCAGUUGCUGAAUCAUGUCCACAAUGGAGCUGCCAAAUGUGGACGUCUUCUAUGACUCAGAUGGAGCGGGGCCAUGCACCCAGGCACCCUGGAAUUUGCUCCCAAGCCCCCUCGAAGAUGCGCCUCCUGACGGCAGUGCUUCACCUGAAGGGGUUGACGCUAUUCCUGCGCCUUACCCGCUAGUAACUUCGCAAGCACCCUUUGAAACGUUCGAUGGGAAUCUGCACGGCGGACAGUCGGAUGAGGGGGACGGUUCAGGGGACAAGGGGCCUCGCAAGCUCGCCUCUUUCGCGGAUCUGCGAGAUGUUGUAGACCCCAGGACUCUGUCUAGAGGGGGCUCUUUGAGCACUUGGACGCCGCAAGAGGUGCCACGGUUGGGCGAACUGGUUACACAGCCGGUGACGCAGAGAGUCACAACAGAUGACGGUUUUUCUGACGAUGACCCGGGCGGUGCGAAGGAGAUGGGGGUAUUGCACGUUGAGCGCGAGGGGUCUCCAGGUUACGCUGAAACCCCUCUUCCUUCGAGUGGCGUUCAAAACGGGGCGGGGGUGAAGUCAUCGCUGGGGGGGAAACACGAAGCACUCUCCGAAAGACUCCCAAAUGGUGAUGCUUCGUCAGGCAUUACAAGGGUCGGGAGGCGGGGCGGCGAGAGCCUAGACGGAACAAUAGUGGCCGUUAGUCCAGUCAUUGAUAUCAGAGCUGCCUCGAAGCCAGGGCAGGAGCACAAUUCCUUCUUUCUGCUUGAUUUACAGCUGCCAGAAUCCACUCCGGUAUUCAGUCGAGGAGUGGGACAGGCAAUCACUGGGAGCGCAUGCUGCGGGCCUAGGGCGCAGAGAGAGGCAGGGCGGCUCUUGGGUGGGCUGGUGUCAGCUGGCGAACGCGAAGAGCGACCCGUGGGAACACAUCCUCCUGCACAAGUCCUGACGGCGGCGGAGCGGGCCAUGACGCCGAAGCUUGCUCAACCAGAGGCGCUGAUGUCUGAACCCCAGCGAGCGUUCCUCUACUUUGAGGGGGCCCCGGGGGUGAAGUGGCGGGAGGUGUGCGUAGCAAAGGCUGGCCGGCCUGUGCGAUUCACAGGGCUCAGACGGAGGACAAUGGUAGUUGGAAGCCAGGGAACUGAGAGAAUGGUGUACGUACCAGGGUCAAAUUUUGGGAUGGAUUUAGGGGGCCAUUCUCUGACAGUCAGCGCCCCAAGUGGCGGCUUAGGGUGUGAAACGACGGAGGGUGCGAAUGGCAGAGCGGGGUGCCCCUUGAGAGGGGUCGGAGCAAGACAAGUAGCAAAGGGGGAAGGGGGCGAAGGCGGUGUCCCGCAUGGGGGGGUCCAGCAGGGGACAGAACGACCCCCCCAGGGGGAGAGUCCGCUGCCUAACCACCAGAGAGAUCGGCAGUGCGCGGGCGGACCUUCAGACGGACAGCGGUCGUCGGAAGUCCGCGAACUCGCUAAAGGUCUCCCUCAGAACGGAACCCUAUGCUACGUCGGUGUCGUCAGUGCCGUCUGGAGUUCGGGUCUGGUCAUUGAGCUUGACCGCAAGCUUAACCUGCUGCUAACCCACUACCCCGCGACCGAGCUCCCGGGUCUGAGAGUGGGCGCCUUGCUUGCCACGUGGCUCGUUCAUCCGAUCCUGAGGGGGGGCCAAGUGAUCGCGCUCGGGGCGUGUACUCACAGCCUCGUGACGGUUUUGGGUUCCCCUAACCCGACGGGUUCGGAAGCCGGGUUAGCGGGCCGGGGUCACCCGCUGAGGCAGCUGUGCGACCGGCUGCCGUUUUCGGUGGCCUCCUGGGUGGGCGAACUAGAGCGGAGUCUUCGAGCGAAGCUAGGCGGGGUCUCGGACAGGAGCGUUCCUACCGUGACUAAGAGAAUUUCAAGCGGGUUGCAUCCGGUUAGAAAGGGUGUCGACGGUUUAGGGAAUUGCCCAGACGGGUUGGGAAUUGUGCCAGCGGAUAAAGCGGCCAGGUCGAAGGCGCCAGAGACACUACCACCGAAGAGAGGGAGAGCCCCGAACGUUCUGAACCCAAGUCUUCAGUCCCUGACCGAUGGCUCUGGUGACUAUCAACCCGCUAGCGCUAAUGAAGGUUCAGGCGCGCGGGGAAGUGUCCUCGACAGCGGAAGCGACUGCCGUUCUCUGCUGCAAGAAGUCCUCGUGCAUCUCCUCCCGGGGUGCAAAGAUCUCAGGCAGCGCUGGGACGUUUUUGAGGAGUUCAUGUCCCACGACACGGAGUGCAAACUGGGGGUCGAUCCUGUGGGCUGGAAGACCCCCCCGAAAGUGCCAACAAUUGCAGCCGUCCUUGGGGAGGUCCGGAAACGGGGCCAAGGAUCGGGGCGCAGAGUCGAGCGGCUUUCUGGCGACGAGCUCGGGGCGAAGCUGCUGGGGUAUCUGACGGUCGAUGCGUGUUCCGGACGGGCUGUUCUGUCGGACGCAACUGGCAGUGUCCGAGUCGAAGUCAAGGAGCGUCUGGAGGCGGUCCAUCUCGGCCGGUGGUUGCUGGUGACGAGAUUUUCUGCGGAUGUCCGAGCCGCCAGCGAUUCCGGCCCCGACAACCUUGAACCCUCCGUCUCCUUCAGCCUUGCUGACGCUCUACUCGUCAUUGGGCCUCCCCCUCUCACGUUCACGCACGAAAUGCCGCCGAACCCGUACCAUAAGACGCUAGCCGAGCCAGUCGCUUAUGGAAGGGGCACGUGGCUGCGGACGGAGGUUCGGAAACGAACGCGAACAGCGUCCGCGCCAAGCGUUGGGCGAGGUGCUGCCACGUGGCAAAAAGAGGGGGGAGGGACAGCACUGCAGCCGUUAAACUGGCGUGGAAACGCCGGGUGCGCCGCGGCAGGGGGGUCGAGCAAGCAGGCGGGAGGGACCCCCUUUUGGAUGGUCUCAGUCAUUCUAAAGUCGGCGGUCGUGAGAGGGGAAAGGGGCCUCCAGUUUGCGGCGGAGGCUGUGCUGCUUCCACGUGUCCUCAUCCUACUGGACCCAAAGUUGGGGGCUCUAGGCGGCAUUUCGACGUCAGUGCAGCGGUCUGGUUUCGAAGCGGAUGUGGAGGCCACUUUCGGAGGAUUUCGGUUUCCGCGAGACCCGCGAAACUGGCGCCAUAACCCGCACCAUAACCCGCAGCUACCUGAGCCUCGCUCCGGCCUGGUACGGUCCUACCACCGAGCCAAGGCUAACGAGGUGCGGGAGAAAAAUGGUCCCCCCUGGCUGGUACGCCAAGCGGGAACCGCGCCAGGUUCAGCCGCGCCGUCGGACGGGUGCCUUUUCACACCGGCCUGGGAGAGGCGCCACCGGCCCAUCCAAACCGCGCUGACCCGACCACUGGCUAAGUGCACUGCUGGGCCGAGCCAACCGGCGCCACGUGGCGGUUCCCCGUUGGACGACGGGGCGGUUCCGACGGAGCCCUACGGGAGGAGGGUCCUUCACCUAGGCGCUGGGUUAAUCGUGGUUCCGAACCCGUUUAAUGCGAACCCUGUCUGGGGUAUGGCUAAGGACGGACAAGCCGUCCGAACCGGGUUGCCGAUGUCCGGGCCCUGUCCGAGCGUCGGAGCAACGGUCCAAAGCCUGAGAAUGAAAACUGCGGAUGAAAACGGAGCCCAAGGUUUCGGUCACCGGACGGUCAUUGGCGCCGCAGCGGCGGCCCGAUCAGCGGACAUCCGGCCGCCGAAGCGUCCGAAAGUGUCCGGAACGGAGCGACCGGAAUCCGCUCAGUGUUUUGUGUACAGUCAGAGGUUGAAUGUCACUGGCAGGGCGGACCAGGAACUAGAGCGGGGUCCUCCGGUGAGCGCGGUGCUUGAGAGACGCGAGCCGCUUGGGAGCGCCGCGGGUUCUGAAGCCCGGGUGCUGCUGACGUUUGCGGGCGAGGCCGCGCUGCUGUAUGACUUUCUUCACGUGGGCAACUCGUACCUCAUCCCUGCUCAACCGCUUGCCCCCAAGCGGCACGACCCCGAUCUCAAUUCAACGGUCCCAACUCUGCCUCCCCGGAACUACAGUCAGUCCCGCCUUCCCGUCAUCGACCUCACAGAACGAGAAUCGGUGCACAGCUUCCGCUUCGUCAGCAGCGAAGCGGGGACGGGUUCUGAAACAGGGGAAACGUCGGAAAGGUCGGUUGCGGAAUCGGCGAACGGCGCUCAGGCUUCGUUGUUGGUACAAGUGCCGGAGCCGGUCUACCGGGAAGUCUUGCCGAUCGUGGGCGCCAGUCUGCGCGCAGGGAGGACCAAAGAUUGCGCUAGAGGGGCUGGCGGAAAAUGCGAUGCGGCCAAGAGCGUCAAACUGCGAGGCAGGGUCGUUGCCGUACUCGAGCUGCAACUAGCAUGGGGCUGCCCGUUCUGCGGCGCCCAGUCGCAUCCAACAUCGGAAGCUCGGACGGUUUGCUCGGGCUGCGUCCGCUGCUGCGCGGACGAGUCUCAGUACACUGUUCUUCUGCGCGAAGCCUGCUUCUCGUUUGAUGACGGCGCAUCGCAGUGCGAACUUUGGGCCGAGGGCUCCGCAGCGGCGGACCUCUUAUGCCUGCCAUACGUGCCCGCGGAUCCCCUCGUAUGCUCCCCAAACAAGGCCACGAACCCCAUCCCUGCAAAGCAAAACUCUGCCGCGCACGCAGCUGAUUUCCUCUCCACAAACAACAUGGCCGGAUCAGUCAUAAGCUUAGGCAAUAAUCGCUCGCAUAUACAGCCCAGCCAGGAGCCCUCCUCUAGUGUGCAACUUUCAGCAAAUGCAGCCUUCAAGUUUGCCUCUGCGACCGGUUUGUAUAACCCCGCUCCCCACGUGACCUCGGACCCACGUCAGCAAGCGGCUGCCGUGACGUCACCGUCCGCUCACGGUGUGAAAAGGCUCCGAACCAGUGAUUUAGACUCCACCCGGGAGGCCCUAUUGGAGAGUGUGAAGAGGCGCCAGCGGCAGGGCAACUCCAAAGCGGCGCAGUACGAACCGGCCACCCUGUUCGGGCAUUUACACCGUUGCCUGCUCGAUCCUUCGACGCUGGAAGCGCUGGUUAGAAGGGAGGGUUUGGUGCGGGUUAGGGUUAACCCGGAAGGGGCUGCGGACGGGUCGUUUCAGGCGGCGCAGAGGGAGAUGACUGGCGAAAGGACCGGACAGCUGUCCGGUCCGAACCGGGAGGUGCUAGAAGUUCUGUUGGGCAACGCGAGCCGCCAGAGUCAAAAGAUCCUGACCUGCGCCCCGUUGCCCCGGUCGUCUGCCGACCGAAGCCGCUUUCUCAGCAAGGAGCAGAGCGAGGCCUCCCGUGGCGGCCGCUGCCGCGUCUACUUGUCGGGCCAGGUUUACGAGAUUUAUGCGCCCGUGAUAGCGGCCUACAGGGUUUUGGUUGCGGAACCGGUGUCUGCUUCCGUUGAGGCUGAAAGCCUAUGCAGGCAACUGACUUUAGAUUCCGCGCUUGGUGUUUGAUGAGGAGUUGAGCAUCGGCGUUCAUAGACGAAACCGCUGCUUUUGUAUUGCUGUCGCGGCAGCCCAUGUUCCAGAGUCAAAGAAUUGCGCAUAUUACCGUUUUGUGUCGACGAGCACGCCUUUUCCGGGUAUGGCAGACUUGUUCUGCUCACAUAAAGCACGGUCCAUUGACAAACAUAUUCGUUAUAUUCAAAUUCAAGGGCUGGAGACGUUGGACGCCGACUUCCUUACAAGUAUUGUUGUGCGGAAAAUAUUAGAUAGCAUCGAUCCCAUGC